GCAGAUUGAAGUGCCACAGCUCCAGUACGAAGACCAGGUCGUCCAAGUGCCCGUUCACAAGCAGGUGCACGUGCCCAUGGUGCAGCAGGUGCAGAGGGAGGUGGAAGUGCCCCAGAUCCAGUACGAGGACCAAGUGGUGCAGGUGCCAAUCCAGAAGCAGGUCCAGGUCCCCAUGGUCCAGACUGUGGAGAAGACGGUGGAAGUACCUCAGAUUCAGUAUGUCGACAAGGUGGUUGAGAUGCCGGUCCACAAGCAUGUUCACGUGCCAAUGGUCCAGACCGUAAACCGCGAGAUUGAGGUUCCCCAGAUUGAGUACAUUGAUCAGCACGUCCACAUCCCAAUCCAGAAGCACCGUCACGUGCCGGUGCAAGUUCCUGUUGAGCGCCCGGUGGAGGUCAACGUGAUUGAGACCACAGAGAAGGUCGUGGACAUCCCCGUGGUGAAGCAGCGGGAAGUGCCCCAGGUCCAGACCAUCGAGAGGAUCGUGGAGGUCCCCAUGGUCCAAGUGGUCCAGAAGGUUGUGGAGAUUCCACAGGCGCCACAGUCCAUGCGCCAACCCAUUGCCUAUCAAUGA